UUCGAGACGGACGCUCGCGGUGAGAGAUUCAACUUCGCUUUCGCUGGUCUGGCCUGCCUGGUGCGAUUGGUGCGGUUCGACGGGUUUUUGGGGGAUUUUUGUGCUCGGUGGGACAGUCCUGCAGCAUCGUCAUCAUCUCAUCACGUUACAAGCGCCAUUUUUCCGGGAUGAAGGAUUGUUGAAUUGUGAUUUUUUCCUGUUGGGAGUUUUGGGUUUUAGACGUUGUUCCGAGUCGGGAAGAUUUUUUGGUGUUGAGGCGCGUGGCGCACGGGACAGUGUUGGUGCCCUAGUGCUGACACGGAUGCUAGGCAGAGAGAAAAAAAAGUGGCGAACAUCCUUACAAUAGUGGAGGUAAAGUGUCAAAAAGUGGGUGAAUUUUUCACGUUCUGACGUUUGGGGGCCUGCGGCGAGAAUAAGGAAUCAUCGGAAUUUUGCCUGACGGGGAUAAGCUGGCAGUUCGGUAGAAUCGGUGUCGUCGUUGGCGUGAGUGUGGCCGUCGGAUUCGUCGCCGUCGUGGAUGAUUUGGCAGGAAGUGAAGUUUGACGGAAGGUAGCAGCAGGUAUCUCGCACUGACUGGAUGCUGGGUGCAUCCGGAAGAGGCUAGUAUAGAAGAUGCUGCCCCCAAGCGGUAAUUGAUGAUGGUGUUCAAACGCGAAACGUAGUAUAGCGUACGGAGUUCAAUACUAGGCGUAAAGUGGUAGACAUUAGGUGGACGAUUGUGGGAAUAAAAGCUGGUUGUUUUUGCUGGGCCGGAAACGGGGUGUUGUGUGCUGUGCGUGUUAGUGUGCUGGUGAAUGUGUUUCUAAACAUCGACGUUUGUAUAUCAUGAAGCUGUUGACUUCGUUCGUGGCAGCAGCAGGGUGGAUGAUGAUGGCAGCAGCGCCAGCUGAUUCCCUGCCGGACAUUAUUCGAAUCGGCGGCCUGUUCCACCCGGAUGACGACCACCAGGAGAUUGCGUUCCGCUACGCGGUCGAGAAAAUCAACUCUGAUCGAACGAUUCUGCCGCGUUCGAAGCUGUCGGCCCAGAUCGAACGGAUCUCGCCCCAGGAUAGCUUCCUGGCGUCGAAGCGAGUGUGUCAUCUGUUGCGAGCUGGAGUGGCAGCUAUUUUCGGUCCGCAAUCGUCGCACACCGCCAGCCACGUCCAGAGCAUCUGCGAUACGAUGGAGAUUCCACACCUGGAAACACGAUGGGACUAUCGACUACGGCGGGAAAGUUGUCUGGUGAACUUGUAUCCCCAUCCCAGCACGCUAUCGAAGGCCUACGUGGACCUCGUGGCAGCCUGGGGCUGGAAGUCGUUCACCAUCAUCUACGAGACAAACGAGGGCCUAGUGAGGAUGCAGGAACUGCUCAAAGCCCACGGUCUUUCCGAAUAUCCUAUUACGGUCCGUCAGCUGAGUGACUCCGGUGACUAUCGUCCGCUGCUCAAACAGAUCAAAAAUUCAGCCGAGUCGCACAUCGUGCUGGAUUGCACCACCGAGAAAAUCUACGAGGUGCUCAAACAGGCUCAGCAGAUUGGGAUGAUGAGCGAUUACCACAGCUAUCUGAUCACGUCGCUGGACCUGCACACCAUCAGCCUGGACGAGUUCAAGUACGGUGGCACCAACAUCACCGCCUUCCGGUUGGUUGAUCCGGAAAAUCCGGAAGUAUCGCAAGCCAUCCACAACUGGACCCUGGGUGAGGCUCGGCUGGGAAAAAAGAUCGAUUUCAAAACAACGGAAAACGUGACUGUUAUUAAGGCCGAGACCGCGCUGAUGUACGACGCCGUCCAUUUGUUCGCGAAAGCCCUGCACGAUCUGGACACCAGCCAGCAGAUUGACAUCCACCCGUUGUCCUGCGAUGCCCAGGACACCUGGCCCCAUGGGUACAGCUUGAUAAAUUACAUGAAAAUCGUGGAAAUGCGUGGCCUCACCGACGUCAUCAAGUUCGACCACCAGGGCUUCCGGAGCGAUUUCGUGCUGGACAUUGUCGAGCUGGGCCCGCAGGGUUUGCGCAAGAGCGGCACGUGGAAUUCCACAUCCGGGGUGAAUUUUACCCGCAGCUACGGCGAACAGCAGAAGGAAAUCGUCGAAAUACUGCAGAACAAAACGCUCAUCGUGACGACGAUUCUGAGCUCGCCGUACUGCAUGCGGAAGGACUCGGCCGAAAAGCUGACCGGCAACUCGCAGUUCGAGGGCUACGCCAUCGAUUUGAUACACGAGGUUUCGAAAAUACUGGGCUUCAAUUACACGAUCCGGUUGGCACCGGACGGGCGCUACGGCAGCCAGAACAAGGAGACAUUCGAAUGGGACGGCAUGAUAAAGGAGCUGCUGGAGCAACGGGCCGACUUGGCCAUCGCCGAUCUCACCAUCACCUUCGACCGGGAGCAGGUGGUGGACUUUACGAUGCCAUUCAUGAAUCUGGGCAUUUCCGUGCUGUACCGAAAGCCGGUGAAGCAGCCGCCAAAUCUGUUCUCCUUCCUGUCGCCACUCUCGCUGGACGUGUGGAUCUACAUGGCGACGGCUUAUCUCGGCGUUUCCGUCCUGCUGUUCAUCCUGGCGCGCUUCACCCCGUACGAAUGGGAGAAUCCUCACCCGUGCCAGACGGAUCCCCCCUUUCUGGAGAACAGCUUCACGCUCCUCAACUCGCUCUGGUUCACGAUUGGCUCGUUGAUGCAGCAGGGCUGCGAUAUUGCUCCCAAGGCCGUCUCCACCCGGAUGGUAGCCGGCAUGUGGUGGUUCUUCACGCUGAUCAUGAUCAGUUCGUACACUGCCAACCUGGCGGCGUUCCUCACCGUUGAACGGAUGGACUCGCCAAUCGAGAGCGCCGAGGAUCUGGCCAAGCAGACCAAGAUAAAGUACGGUGCCCUGCGGGGAGGCAGUACGGCGGCGUUCUUCCGGGAUUCCAACUUCUCCACGUACCAGCGGAUGUGGUCGUUCAUGGAAUCGACUCGGCCGUCGGUUUUCACGGCGAGCAACAUCGAAGGGGUCGAACGGGUUGUGAAGGGCAAGGGCAGCUACGCCUUUCUGAUGGAGUCGACAUCGAUCGAGUACGUCAUCGAGCGGAAUUGCGAACUGACCCAGGUCGGCGGAAUGCUGGACUCCAAGGGUUACGGAAUUGCGAUGCCACCGAAUUCUCCGUUUCGCACUGCCAUCAGUGGCGCCGUCCUGAAACUCCAAGAGGAGGGUAAGCUACACAUUCUCAAAACACGUUGGUGGAAGGAAAAACGCGGUGGAGGAUCCUGCAGGGACGAAACGUCGAAGUCCAGUUCCACCGCCAAUGAGCUUGGAUUGGCCAACGUUGGAGGCGUCUUCGUCGUACUCAUGGGUGGAAUGGGCGUGGCUUGUGUGAUCGCGGUGUGUGAGUUCGUGUGGAAGUCCCGGAAAGUAGCCGUCGAGGAGCGGGAGCCCUAUCAGAAAAAGCACCCCAAAGAAUGUAGAUUCGAGUAGAAUAAUCGACACGAUAGGUCGUUUUUCUUUUUGUCACUAAUAGUAUUUUUUUAUAAUUUGUAAACAUACUGCACAAUAACAAAUCGAGGUUGUGUAUCUACAUAUGUAUGUAUGUCCUUCCUAAUUACCGUAAAAAAGUCAGAUAUUUUUAAAACGGCAAACGUGAUUUCAGUUCUAGUGGUUUGAUAGUAGACAAAUGCUGUUAUAGGAGAUUAGUGUAAAAUUGGAUACAACGUAGUAGUAUUUUAAAUAAAUUAAUCUUGUUUAGGGCAGAUCAUUGAAAAGGGUUUCGAAAAAAACAUUUUUAUUGUCCGUUAUUGGUAAAAUUUAGCCUCGUUUGUAACUAAAAAAACUAUUGUUUUUCCAUCCUUCGCUACAAACUUUACAACUUUCUCGGAUAUCUUUUGCAACAGAAACAGCAGCUAUACUAGAGACCCGCGCAAGUUCACAAAACCGAGCGAACGAACCCCGCCCAAUAGCAUCCAACAACUCAACUACAUUCGAUCUCGAAAUCAAAUAAAAACAAUCCACAGAAUGCAAACUUUUCCCUCAAAACAAAACCAAGUCCAAACACGAAUUCCAAAAUGUAUUGUGUGGCGAUUUUUCUUCUCUUCUCACCGCGACAAUGUAAACACUCACGCUCGGUAUGCGAUGAACGUCAACUACAACAUCAACAACAAUCAACACGAAAACGACAAUGGCGGCUCUUCAUGGAAUGGCGUGCGUUCUGGAUGGAUAUCUUGACAUCUUUGCAGGAGAUUUCCCUCUGCUCGGAGAUGGCCUCCGAGUUGCGGUUCGCACUGAAACGCAACCGCUCGGCAACGAAAACUUCAUCGGGCAACAGCCACAAUAACACCCUUCGUACGUCUACCAGUUCCCGUGCAUCACCAAAGG